AUGCCGCCCCCAUUCGUUGAGGGCUUCUUCAGCGAGGACGAGAUGAAGCGACGCGACCCGAAGCUUUUCCACAAGCUGGUGGGACGCCAUCUCGAUUCAGGUGCUCGGCUAUCUCAGCCGAUGCAGGGCAGCCUGUCUGGAUACUUGAUGCAGCGGCUCGAGAAGGAGUCAGAGGACGAGCUGAGGGGCACGUCCGCCGGCGCUCGAGCGGGUACCGGCGCAGGCGUGGCGGCUCCCGCCGAGCCCUCCGCCGACGCCGACGGCGUGCCGAGGGCCAAGAGGCACAAAGGGGACCUGCACGCCGGCGGCGAGGGGCCGGACGAGGGCGAGGAGGAGGACGGUGCCGAUGCGGACUUCGGUGAGUUCGACGGCGAGGGCGCCGCGUCCGAACAGGACCCGGCGCUGCGGCGCGCGCAGUUCUUGAAGGCCAUGCGCGAGCGCUUCGUGAACGGCCUGGAGCCCGGCUUCGACUACGCUCAGCUGGACGAGGAUUCUGAUCUGGAUGACAUCGUGGAGCUGGGCCGCGAUGCGGAGGAUAAGUAUUUCGCUGACGAAUGA